AUGUUUUGUUUAGAUGUAACCAAAUUAUAUCCAAGCGUACAAAGAAAAGAAGCACGAGAAGCAUGUAAAUCAGCACUAGAAAAUCGAACUAACACAUCAAUCCCAACUGAAGAUGUUCUUAAAAUGAUGGAUUUAGUCAUUGAAAAUAAUAAUUUUAGCUUCAACGGAAAGCACUUUUUACAAACUGAAGGAACAGCUAUUGGUUCCCAUCUAGGCAUGAAUUAUGCUUGCACCUACCUCGGACAAUGGGAAGAAAAUCUAUUUCAAAACAGCAAUUUACAACCAUUUUCAUACUGGAGAUAUGUUGAUGACAUCUGGGGGAUAUGGGAACAUGGUUUAGAUGAAUUAAAAAAAUUUCACGAAAUGUCAAACAGUUUGCAUCCGCGAAUUAAAACAGAAAUGCGUCACUCAACUGAAAAAAUUGAAUUUCUUGAUGUGUUUGUACACAUAGAAAACGGACAACUUAAAACAGAUCUUUAUACAAAAUCAACAGAUAAACACCAAUACUUACAUGUGUCGUCAAGCCAUCCAAACUCUGUAAAAAAUGCUAUACCAUAUGGACUCGGCAUUCGUGUCAAAAGAAUUUGCUCAACAGAAGAAGAUUACAAAACAAGAAGAGAAGAAAUAAAAACGCACCUAAAAGAACGUGGAUACAAUAACUCGUCCACUGAAGUUCAAUUAAAGAAAGUCGACAAAUUAAACCGAGAAGAUCUAUUAAAGUACAAACAGAAGAAAGAAAACAACAGGGUACCUUUAGUAAUUACUUUUUCCAAUGCGCUUCCAAAUGUACAUUCCAUUCUUAGAAAAAAUCUUAAAAUUCUCCAUCAAUCCGAAAGACUAAAGAAAAUAUUUCCCGAUCCGCCUAUCGUGGCAUUUAAACGUGAUAACAACAUAAAAGACAUCUUAGUACACAAAAAGCAUAAUUUAUUAUUUUAUAAGCAAACUAAUGGAUGUGGACCAUGUGGUAAACAAUGUGCACUAUGCUCACAUUUAAAUGAAACCAAGGUAUUUUGUGACAACACCGGCAAAGAAUAUACCAUUCAGGGACAAAUAAAUUGUAAAACCGUAGGCGUGAUAUAUGCGAUUAAUUGUACAAAAUGUGAAAAAGUUAUAUAUGUAGGACAAACGGGUGAUACACUAUAUCAACGAAUGCUAUUGAACUUUUCAAAAAUACGAACAAAGAAAACAGAAGAUCCAGUAGCCAACCAUUUCAUUCAGAACAAUCAUUCAAUAACAAAUUUAAAAGUUACCGCCAUAGAAAGAGUAUUUGGGACAGAAACUUACAGAAAAACUAAAGAAGCCUUUUGGAUAAAAAAAUUAAAAACUCUAGAACCUGAAGGACUCAACACAAUGUAUGAACGAUGA